UCUUCCUCCUCCUCCCUCGACUCCGCCAAGACGGGAGGAGCACGCAGCUCCAUCUGGGGCUGAGCCAGGCGACGUCGUCCUAUAGAAGAGAGUUACUGCACUCCGAUCGCGUGAGUCAGUAGGGGAGAAAGAGGCACGGAGGAAGCAGAAAGUUGCAGCUGUGCAGAGCACGCACGGCGCAGCAAUCGUAAGCGCAGGGGAUUCCUGCGAAAGGCGACGCAAGAGGAGGGGCGGAGUGGCGGAGGCGAUGGAUAACUCUUACGUUAAAGAGGCGAAGGAGGUCCUGGCCUAUUUCGGGGUGGACGAAAGCAAGGGGCUGUCGCAAGACGAGGUGGUGAUUCUGCGAAAAAAGCACGGUCCCAACGAGCUCCCAGCGGAAGAAGGCAAGACGCUAUGGGAGCUGGUGGCCGAGCAGUUCCAGAACCUCCUGGUGCGAAUUCUUCUCCUCGCUGCCACGGUCUCCUUCGUGCUGGCGUGGUUCGAGGAGGGCGAGGAGACCAUCACGGCGUUCGUGGAGCCGUUCGUCAUCCUCCUCAUCCUCAUCGCCAACGCCAUCGUUGGGGUCUGGCAGGAGCGUAAUGCUGAGGGUGCCAUCGAGGCGCUGAAGGAGUACGAGCCCGAGAUGGGCAAGGUGUACCGCCAGGACCGGCGCAUCCUGCAGCUCGUGAAGGCCCGAGACCUCGUGCCCGGCGACAUCGUGGAGAUCGCCGUGGGUGACAAGGUUCCGGCCGACGUGAGGCUCACCUCCAUCAAGUCGACCACGCUCAGGGUGGACCAGUCCAUUCUGACAGGAGAGUCCAUAUCUGUGAUCAAGCACACGGACGCGAUCCCUGACCCCCGUGCCGUCAACCAGGACAAGAAGAACAUGCUGUUCUCCGGCACUAACAUCGCGGCGGGACGUGCGGUGGGCGUGGUGGUGGCCACGGGCGUCCACACGGAGAUCGGCAAGAUCCGCGACGCCAUGGUCUCCACGCAUCAGGACAAGACGCCGCUGCAGCAGAAGCUGGACGAGUUCGGCAAGCAGCUGUCCAAGGUCAUCUCGUUCGUGUGCGUCGCCGUGUGGCUCAUCAACAUCGGCCACUUCAGCGACCCGGUGCACGGCGGCUCCUGGCUGCGCGGCGCCGUCUACUACUUCAAGAUCGCCGUGGCGCUGGCCGUGGCCGCCAUCCCCGAGGGCCUCCCCGCCGUCAUCACCACGUGCCUGGCGCUGGGCACAAUGCGCAUGGCCAAGAAGAACGCCAUCGUGCGCAGCCUGCCCUCCGUCGAGACGCUCGGCUGCACCUCGGUCAUCUGCUCAGACAAGACGGGCACGCUCACCACCAACCAGAUGAGCGUGUGCCGGAUGUUUAUCCUCGACAGCGUGGAGGGGGAGUCGUGCUCACUGCACGAGUUCACCAUCAGCGGCUGCACCUACACGCCCGAGGGAGAAGUAUCGAGGGAGAAAAUUCUUGUGCAGACGGGGAAGUACGAUGGCCUUGUGGAGCUCGCCACCAUCUGCACGCUCUGCAACGACUCUUCGCUCGACUAUAACGAGGCUAAGGGCAUCUACGAGAAGGUGGGCGAGGCGACGGAGACGGCGCUCGUUUGCCUCGUAGAGAAGAUGAACGUGUUCGGCACCGAGCUGAAGGGGCUGAACAAGGUGGAGCGAGCGAACACGUGCAACAACGUCAUCAAGCAGCUCAUGAAGAAGGAGUUCACGCUUGAGUUUUCCCGCGACCGCAAGUCCAUGUCGGUUUACUGCGUGCCGAGCGGCAGCAGCGGCAAGUUUCAGGGCCCCCGCAUGUUCGUCAAGGGUGCUCCCGAGGGCGUGGUGGAGCGCUGCACCCACGUGCGCGUCGGCUCCACCAAGGUGCCGCUCACGGCGGGCGUGCGGAGCAAGAUCCUGGCGACGAUCCGCGAGUACGGCACGGGGCGCGACACGCUGCGCUGCCUGGCGCUCGCUACGCGCGACUCCCCCCCCAGACCCGAGGACAUGAAGCUGGAGGACUCGACGUACUUCGCCAAGUAUGAGGUGGACCUGACGUUCGUGGGCGUGGUGGCGAUGCUGGACCCCCCGCGGAGCGAGGUGUCGCACUCGAUCGCGCUGUGCCGCGAGGCGGGCAUCCGCGUCAUGAUGAUCACCGGCGACAACAAGGGCACCGCCGUGGCAAUCUGCCGCCGCAUCGGCAUCUUCGGCGAGGACGAGAACGUGGAGGGGCGCGCCUACACGGGCCGCGAGUUCGACGACCUGCCGGUGGAGCAGCAGCGCCAGGCCGUGCAGCGCGCGUGCUGCUUCGCGCGCGUCGAGCCCGCGCACAAGUCCAAGAUCGUGCAGUACCUGCAGUCCUUCAACGAGAUCACAGCCAUGACGGGCGACGGCGUGAACGACGCCCCGGCGCUCAAGAAAGCCGAGAUCGGCAUCGCCAUGGGCUCCGGCACGGCCGUGGCCAAGUCGGCGUCCGAGAUGGUGCUCGCCGACGACAACUUUGCGUCGAUCGUGGCGGCCGUGGAGGAGGGGCGCGCCAUCUACAACAACAUGAAGCAGUUCAUCCGCUACCUCAUCUCCUCCAACGUGGGCGAGGUGGUGUGCAUCUUCCUGACGGCAGCCCUGGGCUUCCCCGAGGCGCUGAUCCCCGUGCAGCUGCUGUGGGUGAACCUGGUGACGGACGGCCUCCCGGCCACCGCCCUCGGCUUCAACCCUCCCGACCUGGACAUCAUGAACAGGCCUCCUCGCAGCCCCAAGGAGGGCCUCAUCAGCGGCUGGCUCUUCUUCAGAUACAUGGCCAUCGGAGUGUACGUGGGGUUCGCGACGGUGAGCGCGGCCGCCUGGUGGUUCCUGAUUGCCGACGACGGGCCGCACCUCACCUUCUACCAGCUGAGCCACUUCACCCAGUGCCGCGUGGAGGACCCGCUGUUCGAGAGCGUCGGGAGCUGCGAGAUCUUCGACUCUCCCAUCCCCAUGACGAUGGCGCUGUCCGUGCUCGUCACCAUCGAGAUGUGCAAUGCCCUCAACAGCCUGUCCGAGAACCAGUCCCUGCUGCGCAUGCCCCCCUGGGUGAACCCGUGGCUGCUGGGGGCCAUCUGCCUCUCCAUGUCGCUGCAUUUCCUCAUCAUGUAUGUGGGGCCGCUGCCGCUGGUGUUCCAGGUGCGACCCCUGACCCUGACCCAGUGGGCCAUGGUGCUCAAGAUCUCGCUGCCCGUGCUGCUUCUCGACGAAUCGAUGAAGUUCGUCGCGAGGAACUUCCUGGACCCUCCAUCGCCCAUGAAAGACGCAAGCAAGUAGACGGCGGAGGAGGAGGAGGAGCGAGGAGCGAGGCUGGCGGCGCGGGCGGACGCCGCCCGAGCGAGAGUGGCGUUGCUUUUUGUGUUAUUCUUGUUUUUUUGCUCUCGGGUGGAAAAUGCUUUCGGUUGGGUUUGGCGACGCCGCGGCAGUGUCGCCGUGCCGCCGCACGGGAUUGUGG